AUGAAGAGCGUCUGCUCCAUCGGACUCUUGAGGGAAGAGAGGAGUCUAACUCCUGAAGAAGCCAUAUCGAAACUGAAGAAGACAGAUGACAUUCUGAUCAAACAGGAAUUUCUGGAGCAGAAGACUCAACAGGAGUGAUAAACAGCCAGAAAGCAUGAGACCAAGAAUAAGCAGGCCACCCUGCAGGCUUUGUGGAGAAAGAAAAGGUUAGAACAGAAGCUGGCACAAACUGAUGGGAGGUUGUCCACCCUGGACGUUCAGCCAGAGGCCAUUGAGAAUGCCACCACCAAUGCAGAAGGGGACCUGGGCACUAGGAGCGUGGCUUGUGUCAAUACUUUGAACUUAUUUUUAAGAUUACAUACUGCCGGGUGGGGCAUUCUAGGCCAUAUGAUGGAAAGGCUUCAUUUGUGUGAGAUGAGAAAGCCAAUGAUGGUUAGGGGGAUGGGGGGGGUUGGAGCUGGAGGGAGGGUGCCCCCUGAGUCCAUGGCAGUGUGUCUUGUUCUUCAUGACAUUGACAAGGUAGAGGAACUGCUGGGUGACAUCGCAGGACAGCAGGAGCUGGCCCAGCACAUGUCAGAGGCCAUCCCUUGCCCUAAGGGUUCUGGAGAUGGUGUGGAUGGGGAUGAAUUGCUGCAAGAUCUAGAGGAUCUGGAGCAAGAGGAAGUAACUCAGGAGUGAAGUGUGGGCAGCAAGGAGGAAGAACCCCUGGUCAGAUUGUAGGUACCUUACACAGGUCUGCCUGCAGGGCCAGGUACCCAGAACACUCGUUAAAGACUUGAGAGGGUGACAGACAGUUGGGAAGGUUACUGUCUUCUUAUUACUGUCUGUAUUAUCUGUCGAGUCACAGAGGAGCCAGGCAGAAGCUGCUGCUGCUUCGGGUAUCCAGACUGCUGACUGCAUUACAGCAUCUGACUGAAAGGGAAUGGGGACUGAAAGCCGAAUCCAGCCUGUGCUCCCCUCAGCAAGCUGUGGGUCCUCAUUUAGGGAUGCAAAUGUAAGUGUUAGUGUUUGUUUUUCCCAUUGGUACUGGGCUGCUGUGGGAAAUAGCAUCAUCAAGCACAAAUCUUGUUUUUGCUGGAGAGGCUGUAGGUGUCAGAGCAGGAGCUGGAUGGAAGUUCGAAGCCUUUAAUACUUCCUUCUUCCCCGAGCUUCCAGAAAGGACAAAGACAAAGAAGCACAAUUGGCAGGCGGGGUGUCCUGAGAGUUUGGGGUGUCUUCCUACUGCAUCCUGGGGUGCAAAACACUGAGCGCUAACGGGCCAGCUAACGGAAGGAGCGUGGCUUGGGACUUUCCUGCUGAGGUGGCAGUGUGACAGAAGGGCCCAUUGUUCUCCCCUCUUUGGCUGAGCUUUGAAGAAGGGUCUUGCUGCAGAAGGAGCCCCUCGGCUCCCUUCUUUUUGGUAGCGGAAGACUGAUUUUUGUCUCCAGUAAAACUGGGUAGAUGGAUCCCUAGUGUCUGCAGGUCUUGUCUGUACCUGAGGUUCUUCCUGCUGCUUCUUAGAGCCUUGUUCUCAGCAGUGACAAGUGAUGAGUGAAGAACGGGAGCUGAGGAAAUGAGUGGUCAUUUCCGACAUCUCCGGCUGUGUUCUGCUACCUUUCAGUUUCAUUUGUCAUAGAGUUGCCUAGUGCCUGAGGUUAAGAAAUGGCCAUUGGCCAGGUGGUGGUGGCGGCGGCGGCGCACGCUUUUAAUCCCAAAGCUCCGGAAGCAGAGGCAGGUGGAUCUCUGUGAGUUCGAGGUCAGCCUGGUCUACAGAGCGAGGUCCAGGACAGGCUCCAAAGCUACACAGAGAAACCCUGUCUGGGGGU